GGGCCUGAACCGAGUUGGGUGGGGGGGGGCCUGACUGACAGCGCCGUUUGCUCGGACGGUUCGAGCAUCCCCACAACCCCAGUCGCCAAUCCCUUAGCUCCCUGGCUAGAGCUGCAGCUGUUCUCUGGGGACCAAAAACAAGAUCUGGCCCAGUCCUACUCGUGGCAGUGACAGGGAAUUAUUCCCCCGUCCGCCCCCUCCCCGCCCCCCAAAGAGCAAGCGCCAGGGAAGCAGAGCAGCUUCCUCUCCUUUUAAGUGGGGUCCAAAAGGGACAUAGGGAGCUGAGUGAGAGUUUCCAGUGGCCUCUGACGAUGUCUCGGCAGCCAGUGGUCCUGGCCCCGGCUCUUGCGGUCCUCUUGCUCCUGCAGCCUCUGCCCCGCGCCCGCUCCCGCCCACCCCCAGGCCCUGACUACCUGCAGCGAGGCUGGCAGCGGUUACUGGAUGAAGGUGAGGGCUGCGGGCCCUGCCAGCCGGAGGAGUGCCCUACGCCGCGGGGCUGCUUGGCAGGGCGUGUCCUGGACGCGUGCGACUGCUGCUGGGAGUGUGCGAACCUGGAGGGCCAACUCUGUGACCUUGACCCAGAUGGCCACUUCUAUGGGCGCUGCGGGGAGCACCUUGAGUGUCGGCUGGACGCAGGAGGGGACCUGCAGCACGGGGAGGUGCCCGAGCCCCGGUGCCUCUGCGGCUCUACAAGCCCGCUCUGCGGUUCGGAUGGGCGCACCUAUGCGCAGAUCUGCAGUUUUCAGGAGGCUGCUCGGGCCUGGCCACAGGCCAAUCUCACUGUAAUGCACCCGGGACCCUGUGAGGCGGAACCCCAGAUCCUGUCCCCACCUCGGGAUGUGUGGAAUGUGACUGGGCAAGAUGUAAUCUUUGGCUGUGAGGUGUUCGCCUAUCCAAUGGCCUCCAUUGAAUGGAGAAAGGAUGGGACAGAGACACUGCUACCUGGAGAUGAUCCCCAUAUCUCUGUGCAGUUUAGGGGUGGACCACAAAGGUUCGAAGUGACUGGCUGGUUGCAGAUUCAGGCUGUUCGAGUGAGUGAUGAGGGCACUUAUCGAUGCCUUGCCCGAAAUGCCUUGGGCCAGACCACAGCGCCAGCUAGCCUCACAGUGCUCACCUUGGACCAGCUGAACAACACAAGCAUUCCCCUGCUUAAUUCUUUGAGCCCAACCCCUGAAGAGGAGGCUGACAGUGAAGAGGGGGAUGACUAUUACUAAACCCUAUACCCACCUUCAAUGCCCUCGACGAGGCUCCCUAAAAUAGUGCCCCACGAAUAGUUCCCAGACCAGUUACCUUAGCCACCUUGGGCAAUGCCCAUUCCUUCUCCUUUUCCCUUCCCAAAUGAUAUGGGCUGUGGAAGGCUGGGAAGGGUUCAGAAUAUCUUCUCACUGAUUUCCUUGAGUUAGAAACAACAGCAACCAACUCCUUGGGUUGGAGGUUAAGGGAGAAGUCUUUUUAGUGACUGAUCUCUUUCCUAUCUGCCAGCCCAUAAAGAGGUAUCCUGGAAGAACAACGGUCCUCAAUAGAGACAGGGAACAAAAAUGCCUAAGACCUUCUGGGUUCCUUGCUGGUGUGGAGACACAGAGUUGAAGCCACAUAACCAUGACUCUUACAGGAAUCUGGGAGAUAAACCUAGUCCUGGACCUGGUGGUGAGGACAGAAAUAGGCAAGGCCAAGAAUUCCUGGCUCCAUCCUGGGCAGUUACCCAGACUGGUAGGGUUUGGCCAAAAGCCAGAAAAAGCCCUUUAGUAUUCACUUUGGGGUGGCAGGAGAGGUAUAGAGCUGUUCUGCCUCCACUUUAGUCAGUCUCCUGCCACCCCUCCCCCAAAACACACCAACUAUCUUCACUCCUUUGACCUUACACACUCCCCCCCUCACCAACAUACUUCUACCUAUCCAGCUCCUUUUACUUCUAUACCCGCAUGAAGCCUUUGAUCAUGCCAGCAAGCAUUGUUUUCUAUCUCACUACCACAAUUUGUGUUUUUUAACUUAUUAUUUGUGUCCAUGUCAUAUCUGCUAUUGCAUGUCUAGGUCUCAUUUCUUUUAUAACUUGUGUAAAUGUCUUAACCUUUCUUACUAGAUUGUGAUCUCUUAAAGGCCAGGUAAGAAAACAUUGAUAUAUUAUUCACCUUUGUAUUCCCACUCAGUUCCUAGCCUUGCAUGUACAUAAAAAAGAUGCUCAACAAAUAUUUGUUGAAUGAAUACACUGAAUAUGCACAAAGACAAAGUGAGUGUGCUUAUGUAAACACAUGCGUGCUAUAUAUAGAUGAUCUCUAAGGCUUCUUCUGGCUCUAAAUCCCAUGAUCCCCAGCACCUGAGCCAAUGCUUUGUACAUAGGAGGUGCUUAAUAAAUGUUCUUUGAAUGUUGAACAAGCUUCCAUAUUUAAAUACAGAAGACCGCAUG